AUGUCAGCAUCUGAUGAAGACCAGCAGAGCCAGGUAGCCUGCUUAAAUGAAGAAGUGAGCUUUUACGAGAGGGAAAGCAUCCUGCCUGCUGAAAGGACACCAGCUCCAUGUAUGGAGAAGGACGCUGGGGACAUAGAGUCUGCUAAGCUGUUCUUAGAAGAUCCUGCCCUGUCAUCUCCUGACCAACCAGCCCAGCAUCAAGAUGAAGCUCAGGUGUCAGCAGAGCUGGCUGCCAGGGGGAAGCACAAUCUGACGUGGGAGAAGCCUUAUGACGUGGGAGCUGGGCUCAAGAACACGGGGAACAGCUGCUACCUGAAUGCUGCCCUGCAGUGCCUGACACACACACCACCUCUUGUCAACCGCCUGCUGUCCUGGGAGCACUCUCAGAACCGUUGUAACCAAGGAAGCUGCAUGAUGUGUGCUAUGAAAUAUCAUGUGUCCCGCAGUCUCCUCCGCGCGAGGGGUGCCAUGCGGCCUUCAAAGGCGCUAACUGGUGCCUUCCAUAAGGACAAGCAGGAAGAUGCCCAUGAGUUUCUGAUGUUCAUCUUGAAUGCCAUGCACACAUCCUGUCUCCAAGAAAACAAGGACUUGGGGUCCACAUCUGAGCAGAGCACCCUCAUCCGUGAGAUAUUUGGAGGCUCCUGGAGAUCUCAGAUCAAGUGUCUCCACUGCCAGGAAACCACAGACAUCUUAGAGCCCUUCCUUGACAUCACCCUGGAUAUCAAAGCAGCUCAGAGUGUGGAGCAAGCCUUGGAGGCUUUAGUAAAGGAGGAAAAGCUGUGUGGGGAAAAUGCCUAUCACUGCAGCCACUGUCAGGAGAAGACGGCAGCUUCCAAAACUCUGACUGUGCAGGAUGCCCCAAAGGUUCUCCUGCUGGUGUUGAAUCGCUUCUCAGAUUUCACAGGUGACAACAAGGCCAGGGAAGUGAGCUACCGUGAGUCCCUUUAUUUCCAGCCAUACGUAUCUCAGUCCAGUGGAGGCCCAUUGGUGUAUGCCCUGUAUGCUGUGCUGGUCCAUAAUGGUCUGACUUGUCACAGUGGCCAUUACUUUUGUUAUGUCAAAGCUGGCAAUGGCCAAUGGUAUAAGAUGGAUGAUUGUAGUGUCGACAGAUGUGAUGUGAUUUUGGUCCUGAGGGAGCCUGCCUAUGUACUCUUCUACGUCCAGCAGACUGCUCUCACAAGGAGUACUGUGGAUGCUCCCACGGGCAGAGUAAGCAGGGAUCUUUGCCCAGAAUCCCAGGUAGGAACAUCUGGGCAGAGAAUGACCAACAGAGGAUCCAUCAAAGAAAUGACAGAACCACUAGAUCUCACAAAGAAAAGAAAUACCAACGAUUUCUUAUACCAGUGCAAUAUGUUUUCUGACUACCCAAUCCUGUGGUGA